CGUCGUUUUCGCUUAUCCUCGUUAUCCGACUGUUGACUAUUGAGACUGUUCAUUCCGCGUUAGUCCUCCGUUCCCUAUCGAACGCUGUUUUUGCUGUUACUGAUAUCGCGCAUCCGUUUAAGUUUUCGGUGUUUGUUUUCGUGUGUUGGCCACGUAAAACCGACACAAACGAGAUCGACCGUCAAUAUCUUUCUGUUUGUUUUACGUUUUUUCCGACCGUUCGGCUGAAAAAUCGUCGACCGCACACUAACCAUCCGUCGCGUACUUGCGCCGUUUCCCGUUCGGCGUACGCUUAAUCAACAAAAAGUUUUUCUCCGUCGUCAUCAUGUCUACUACGCCGAAGUCUCUGCCUGAGGAAUCGCUUGGCGAAUCUUGGGUUGAUAUCACUAGCUGCGCGUCACCGAUAUCUUUCCAGAGCGCCGACCGUGUCACUCCAGUGCCGUUCAUAUCGUCCGGCGAAGAAUACCUUAGACUGUUGAAAGAGGCUCAAAGGGAAAGUAACUCUUCGUCCAGAGUUUUGUCCAAAGAAUCGUCCAUAAAGGGCAGUCCAAAAUCACCACCAAACAGUCCAAACAAUGAAUUGGAAGAUGAUCUCAGGGGAGUGUACAUAAAUUAUUCAAACAGAGGUGGAGAAUUGUACAACUUGGAUAAGAGUACUGAUUGGAUAUGGGAUUGGAGUAGCCGACCAGACCAAGCACCUCCCAAAAACUGGAAAUUCAUUCAUCCCAAGAAGAAGACAUACAGUAUGCGCAAUGCUAAGGUUGGCAAAGACAGCCUCUUUUCCAAAGAAGUUUUGUAUACUUUGUUCCUGACCAAUAUUUUAUCUAUACUGCUGGGAGCUGGUGUUGGUGCUUGGCUAUGUAAACGAGGCGGUAUUAUGAUGUCUAGAGUGACUUUGGAAUAAUCUGUCUAUGGAACAUAACAUAUGCACAUACACAUGCACACACACAAAAAAAAAAACAAGAAUAAAUGUUGUCAAUUCGUUGUCUUUUUAAGUCUGAAAUUUAAAAAUGCAUGUUACAUUAUUUUCAAAAAUAACCCUCAAAAUAUUCCUUUUUGUAAUGUUAUAUUUAUAAUAUAGCUUAAGUUUGUAUUAACUUUAAGAUGAUUAUUAUUAAUUUGACACAUUUAGAUUAGGAAAUAUGACAUCUAAUGUUUAUUAUUAUAAUAUACAAUUUAACCAAAAAAAUCUUCUCACAUAAAU